AUGGAGUACUUUCCGCAAGAAUAUUUGGCCUUAACUAAAGGAAGACCAUUGCCAGAAAAUUCAAUCAUUAGGCAAUUUAACCCUAUUCUAGAUGAAAGAGUAAUAAUUUUAAUCGGAGGGUGUCUUCAGUAUACUAAUAUUUCGCAACAAGAAGCACAUCCAGUUUUGUUGCCAAGUGCUUGUCACUUAUCUGAUUUCAUCAUUAAGGACUGCCAUGAAAGAGUAAGACAUGGAGGUGUAGCAGAAACAAUAACUCAUCUUAGAGAGAAAAUGUGGAUUUUAAGAGUCAGGAAAAGAAUUAAGAGUGUUACACAUAAAUGCCUUUUAUGCCAGAAAUUUCGAACGAAGCCAGUGACUCAGAUUACUGUGCCACUGCCAUCUGACAGAAUAUCAGAACCAUAUCCGUUUCAAACGACUGGAUUGGAUUACUUAGGACCAUUAUAUAUUAAAGAUCGAGAUACCAUGAAGAAAACCUAUGUACUGCUCUUUACUUGCGCCAUAAUUAGAGCGAUAUAUUUGAAACUGACUUUUGACUUAACCGCUCAGUCAUUUCUACAAGCUUUUCGAAAAUUUGUUGGAAGAAGAGGCAUUUGCAGUGUGGUCGAUAGUGAUAAUGCAAAGGCAUUCCACAAGGCAAACUGA